AUGGGGCUUUUGCACCUUCUGAUUAACGUAGAAGUUGGGCUACUUUGGGUCCUGCUGGUUGCAGGGAUGGAUUUAAAAGUCCAGGAAAGUUUGCUUUUGAAAUCCUUGGGGCUGAGGAUCAAGCCAAGUCCCAGAUCUCCUGCCCCGGUGCCUCCCUUGCUGUGGAAGAUGUUUCACAAGAGAACCCUCCUUUCAGCAAGAGAUAAGAAACACAAGGAUGCCUGCUGGGUGGAAGAAUUCGGCGUUCCUGGAAAUAUCAUCCGAGUUUUCCCUGAUCAAGGUGGCUUCAUUCACAGAGAGGAGCCCCAGAGUUGGUUGUGUCUCCAGAAGCGGCUGUAUUUCAACUUCUCUGCCCUGGAGGAAACGGAAGAACUGACAAUGGCUCAGCUGCAGAUUAAAUUUGGCCAAAAUUCCUACCACGUUCCUGGAUCAGAGCCCCCCUUUGAGCUGAGCCUCUACAGGGCUUCCCAGAUAGCCUUGCGGGGCAUGUCGACCCACUCUUACAGCCGCAAGCUGCUUGUGGAACAAUCCUUCAUGCACUUGCACAAGUCUUUCCUCUUUAACCUGACAGAGGUGGCGAAGGAUUGGCGAAACGCUGGCAAAAACCUAGGCUUGAUCCUGGAAAUUGCUGCGCCCCGGGCAGACGGGCUUUGCUCUAGCCUGGAUUCCUUUGUGGACACGUCCCUGUUGGUGAUCUCCCUCUCCCCAAAGCAGUGCAAAGGCACCAGGACAAAACGAAGCUCCCAUUAUGUGCCAGUUGGCCUCAGCAAUAUUUGCAAACCACGCCGGCUGUACAUCAGUUUCAGCGACAUCGGCUGGGAAAACUGGAUCAUUGCCCCACAGGGGUACAUGGCUAACUACUGUCUUGGGGAGUGCCCCUUCCCCUUGACCGAGGAACUCAACAGCACCAACCAUGCCAUCUUGCAAACCAUGGUCCACUCCCUCGACCCCGAAGGGACCCCUCAGCCUUGCUGUGUCCCAGUCCGCCUCUCGCCGAUCUCCAUUUUGUAUUACGAUAAUGACGACAACGUGGUGCUGCGGCAUUACGAAGACAUGGUGGUGGAUGAAUGCGGUUGUCGAUGA